AUUUUGCAAGUUUAAUUAUUUCAUUCGAAACUAGAGUAAAUCGUAUUCAUAUUUACUGCUGGGGAAUGUGUUGCGCGUGUAAACUUUUGUGUGCGUAAAUACAUGACCAUAAUGACGUCAUUUUGUCGCUUAGUUAAACUACUGCAUAUGUUUAUACAAUGCGCGUGUUCUCAUUGGUUUCUAUUGAUGUUAAUUCACCGCUUAACUCUGCCUACAAGGCUGUGCAUUUACUGCGUUUGCAGAGCAGAGAAGUAUCAAAAUUGUCGGCAAAAUGACGAUUGCUUUCAUCUUUUGAUCUAAGCCUUUAUUGUUUGGAAUGAAUGCCCAUGUAUGCUAGUUGACUGGAGAAGCUUUAACAGCAGUCAAUCUAUUGCUCUGAUUAUGAACUGAUAUCGCAACAAACGUCAUCAGUGACUUUAUGACAUGUUUUUGUUUUCGUUCAUUAUAAUAUUAUGUUAUGAAGCUUAGCAACUACUGACAAAUGUUCACUUUAUCACUUUAAAUAUUACAUGUAAAAAAUGAAUGUUGUGCAAUUCUUUCAUUUCCCCAUACUCCAAAAUAUGUAUUAUUGGGAAAAACAUCACCAAACUGCUUUAACCACAGCCUUUUAAACACCCCUAAACUUAAGUGUUAUUUGAAGUGAUAUGUUAUUGAAUAAGUAUUAAGCUGUUUUCUAUCAAUUUUACAUAAAAAACUGUCCGAAAGUUUUUUUAGAGAUUUAGAACAAAUGUCCAGAAAAGAAUUGACAAUUUAGGACACCUGUGUCCUGAGGAAAGUGGGAGCAAUCUGAAACACUGGUUACUCUUAAUUAUAGAAUUAUUUCGAACGAAAAUAUACUUUAUUCGCGUACAAAACUUUGGGGCGAAAAAUAAGGCGGAAUGGGAACAGAAAGUAUUGUUUUCGGGCGGACUAGAGGCAGAAAUUGAUUUCCCAAAAAGACCAUGUCUUUUGAUUUUUUCCAGGCCUAACUCAUUAGCAAUUCCGGGCGCAAAUAAGACUCUGGCGGAAUUAAAUACUUAUACAUUUCUCUGGGGCAGAAUGUUGGACUUUGAAAACUAUUGAUUAAGAAUUUCAAAAUGGGACUUUUAAGAUAAUAAUUAAAUAAAAGCGCUGAGGCACUGUAGGUGUUCGCUGUUGUAUAAGUUUAGAUGAAACUCAGUGUUAAAAAUUAUGUUAUAGCUUUUUUAUAUUGCAAGUUUUAAAUGAACACAACCCAUUUAAAUGUAUAAAAAGUGUGUCUUAAAACACAGGUCGAAAUGUGUUUUUUUUGUAAAUCAUUAAUGGAAAAUAUAAUUUAAGCUUCAUUUUGGGAAAACAGGGCUUAAUGCAUAUGCAUAAAUGUCAUCCCAGUAUCAGAGACUCUCUUUAAACAAAAAGCAUUAUAAAAUCAGAAAUGUCGUCCUUGAUAAGCUUGUGUGCAUUGCACAGGCUAAUCAGUGUGCACAGGCUAAUCUUAUGUGACAUGCAUUAAGCCCCGUUUUCCCUGAAAGCAGCCAAUAGUUAAGUGCAUACUGAUUUGCAAAACUUGCUCUGUCACAUUAGUGUGAGCCAUCACUCACACUAAUUAAAACAGAGUUCUUAUAUCAGUUUCUAAAUGGUUAUUGUAGGAAACAUUUGCCAUACUCAAGGAAAACAACAUAUAUAUUCAUUUCAUACAAUAGUUAACCCAUGCAAAAAAGGCUGAAAUAAGCUUAAAAUGACACAAAUUUAAGACUGGAAUGACUCUGAAAAAAUAGGACUGAUCCACAAAUUUAGCUGCAAGUUGACUCCUCAAUAUGUGGAGGAAAAUAAUUAACUUAGAUAAAAACUGUUCUGGAUGAAAUUUAUAUAUAUUUUGGCUCAGGCUUAUUUUUAUAACACCUUAUUAUUUAAUUACUUUGUUAUGAUAAUUUACCUUUCAACAUUUUAAGUACAUGUAAAUCUACUAUGCAUUUAAAUUAUCUUUGACUUACUGAAGGUCUUUGAGUUAAUUUGAUUAAGAAGCCUGUAUGCAAGUUGAUAAUUGUUGUAAAAUAAAGUGGCUGUAUCUUAAAGAAUUCAAGGGUAAUAGGAUAUCCUACAGCCUAUACCACAACCACUGGUGUCACUGUAUGAGUCAGAAAUUUGAAAAAGAGCGGUUGUUAGCUAGACAGUGUUACUGGCUUGAAAAUUUGAAAUGCAGUUUCAAAGCAAUGAUUGGACUUUUUUAAUUUGAAGUUUUAAUCAUGUGAUGAAUUAAUCUUACUUUGAAGAACAUUCUGAAAUAAUUAAGUAAAAUGUGGAAGUCAACAUUCAGUGUGUAAAAAAGGCUGAAAAGAGUGAUUCAGUGAGUUAUGAUGGAACUUUUUAUAAUGCUCUUAACUACUCAACACAGACGAUCCAAUCACAGGAAAUGUUAUGAAUAUUUCCGCUGUAACUGAACCUAGAAAGGAAUACACCGAUUACAGAGUAGGAGAUGUAGUUAAGGCGAGAUGUGGGUCAUUUGGUGUUGUACCCGCCAUUAUCGGAAAGAUCGGAGGUAAAUCGAUAUUUAAUGUUAAAUGCAACUGCCAAACAAACAUUAUUAUAUUAUUAAAAACAUUUGUUAUUAUAUUUUGUAUUAUUAUAAAUUUACAAAAACAAAUACCAGUUUACAUUAAGCUUGAUUUUUCCUGUAUAAUUUUAUUAGAUAAAGCUGAGAAGAAAGAUCUGGAGAAGCUCUUGAGCAUGCCUCAGAUGUUUUCUACCCUCAUAGACAGCUUUAUACCUGAGAUUCUUGUCAUGAAAAAUGAAGGAAAUGGAUUGCCAAAAAUGAGCUCUGAGGAGACAGCAUCAAGCUCUGACAAUUUAGAGGAGACAGUAUCAAAGGCAGCAGAUGCAAACAAUCAGAAACAAACAGGCAAUGGAUCAAAGGAAGUGAAGAAUCCAACUGUUGUGAAACCAAAGGCUGUGCGACGGAAACUUUCGAUAGUCCCUUAUGAAGUGAGAAAUCCAAAGGUGCUCCAAUCUGAUGCUGAAGACAGAGCAUUGGCCAGCUUCCAUGUGCAAAUGGAGAUUGAACAGACUGAAAUUGAUCAAUCUGAAAACAGUCAGUCAUCUUCUCAGCUUCUGGGAGACAGUUUAAAGUUGUUAAACUCAACAGGAAUGACGCCAAGGAAAUCGCCAAGACAAAAUAAUAAAUCAAGCUCCUCCAAGCCUCAAAACCACGAAACAGUUAUAAAGCAACUGGAAGCAGAUAACAAAGCCCUUCAGUCAAGGGUUGAGAGACUAGAAGGAGACAACCAGGACCUCCAGUCAAGGGUGGGCUAUCUGGAAUACCAGGCAGGCAUACUUUGGAGUGAGUUAGAGCAAAUGAAGUUACACAGCACUCAGAUUCAUGCAUUGAGGAGCCCAGCUCCAACAUUUAGCCCGAGGGGAGUGCUGAGCCAAUUCGAAUCUAGCUGUACUUCAGCAUUCUCCAAGCCUGAUAGUCAAGAGGACGAACAAUCAGUUGGAAAAGAAGAAGAAACUUCAGCCACAAGCAAAAUCUCUGAAAAAGAACCGAGCUACAAUGGUUAUGUGAAGAGCCAAAUUUUGGAAUUAUUAGAUGAAUGCAAAGACUUCAAGAAAGGAACGGCGAUGGUCUUUCGAAAAAUCUUUACAGAGGAGGAGAUAAGGGGGAGAAGCCUCUCAGGGGGCAUUUCAAAGGACGGAACGAGGCGACCAGCACUAGAAGACCAGAAGAAGAUUAUCUUUUUGGAAGAAGUCAUCAAGGAAAAAUGGCCCUCCACCACAAAGGACACCAUUAAGUUUGUGCUAAGAGACCUGCUUAAGCCAUCCAGAAGUAAAAAAAGUUGAAAUGCUUUCCUUGGAAAUACAGAAAUUAAAUUACACAGUGAAGUUCUCAAUUUUAUUAUCAUUGUGAUGAAAGUAGUCAUAAUCAAUAUGAAAAUAAAGAAAUGUAUUCCAAAAUUUAACAUAUUCUUGAAUUAUUUGAAGUUAAGAAUACAGACAGAAGAAGAAAUUGCCGUUUAAAAAAAAAUUGAAACACACGCACAAAAAUGGAUCAACAUCAAUCAAUAUUUUUUUAAGUGAGACUUUAUAUUCAUAUACAGUUUUCAUAUAACAAUGCCCAUACAAUUACUAAACAUCCUUGUCUUAUUUGUUCGCCUUUUCAUUUGAUAUCCCCCGCCAUAGGCGGAGGGAUAUUGUUUUCGCCUUGUCCAUCUCUCCUUCCGUCCGUCUUUCCGUCCGUCUUUCCGUCUGUCCAUCCAGAGCCAUAUCUUGCAAGUGCUUUGGCGGAUUUCAUUGAAACUUGGUAUGGGUAUAUAUAUAUAUAUAUAUAUAUAUAUAUAUAUAUAUAUAUAUAUAUAUAUAUAUAUAUAUAUAUAUAUAUAUAUAUGGAUAACAGGAUGAUGCAAGCCAAAUGGUAUUGCACACAUUCUGUUAAUAACGAAGUUAUGGCCCUUUUUAUCUUGAAAAAAUAUGCUUUUUUUUGUGUCAAAUAUAACACUUUUGUGUCCAGAAGCAUAUUUGCAGGGGAUAUCAAUUCAACGAAUUUGCUUGUUCUUUAAUAACUGUAUUGUUACUUGUAAAGUACAAAAACACAGGGUGAAAGAUAUUAUUAUUUUUGUUAUAUUUAUCCAUAACACAAACUGUUAAACAUGUAAUAGAAUAUAUGUUGUGUGUGAUGUGUGUGUGUGCAUGUAAUUGUGUGUGUUUAUGAGCAUAAUUAUGUGAGAAAGGAAGUAUACUUGUUAUAAGAGAAAUGUAAAAUUCUACUUCUAUGUUUUAUAUUGUGCCUUUUAUAUGUUUUUCUUUUCUCACCUGUAUAUGCGUGCAUGUUUAUGGAUGUGUUUUUGAAUGUGUGCAUGAAUGCCUGUGGUUAAGAGAAUUGGUACUUUAUGAAAAUGUUAAACCACUCAUUUUUGAAUAUGUACUGUGACUGCAUGUGUGUGGUUAAUGAUUGAUGCCAGAUCUUGUUCUUGUUUAACUUCUAUAAUGAAACCUUUAGUUACAUUCACAUUUGUUUUUCAAAAUCGAUAAAAUACCUUUAAUCUAUAA